AAACACUUCAGCUCGCCAGGGGAUGCUUGGUGCGGGCCGCUAUGCAAGUUCGAGAUGUGAUAGGUAUAUGCCAGAGUGAUAUAUGACAGCUGACCACAUCCCUGUUGUGAUCGGGCAAAGGAUAGGUAGGCAUCGGCUGAAUACUAUGCGGCUGAGGGCGGAGGGAGAUAGCUAAGGUUAGACAAGAAUCGGGAUCACCGUACUCGUAUACUGAAGCAAUGGAUUGAACUGGCAUGUGCAUUGUCUUGAAGGUUAGCGGGAGGGAGGGACUCUACUCGGGAUUGGUAUAAUCUUAAAGAGCAUCAUAUCUUCCACCUUCUCAUUCAUUCAUUGUGUACCUAUAUCCAUUCGGCACCAAUUCAGAACAUAAUCUUCAUCCAUUCCUACAACCAUUCAAGACAUCACAAUGAAUAACAGCGCAGAUCAGCAAAAGGUCAACGACAAGUUCGGGCCCCCUUCAUACCUGGAGACAUUGUUGGUAGACAUUGGUUCGAAGAAAGGCAAGAUCAAUGAGGCAUUGACCAACUUCUUGACCCUCCCCUAUGUCAAUGCUCUCAAAGUCAAGGACCGCACUGGCAAUGACAUCAGCCUCUAUCAGCAAGUAUUAAGGCUGCAGACGAAAUAUGAAGCACUGCAAGAACGAAGUGUCCCUAUCGUCGGGGAAAUCAGUGCCUAUGGACGCCUGUCGAAGAGUUUACUACCCCUUAUAGGGAAGCCUGACCAGAUGACACUUGAUCAGUUCUUGCAGAUCAAUACAGGACUUGUCAUGAAAUAUGGUCAGAAGGCAAAGGCCCUCGCCAAGGAGACCAACGAUUUGAAGAUGGAAUUCGCGGAUCUCCUCGACCUUUUACAGACUAACCUCGGCGAGGUAGUCAAGCAAAUUGCUGCUCAAGAGCAUGCUCUCUACGAAGCAGAGAAGGAAUAUGCUUUUGAGAAAGCCACCGCGAUCAUUUCUGGAAUCCUUGCCCUUGGUUUCUUAAUAGGGGCAGGCGUCGCUCUGUGCAUGGGUGCCGUGCCCGUCGCGCUUGAACUCGGGGCUCACGCUGGCGUUGCCCUCUACGAGUGUAUCGUAAUGGCAAUUAAAGCUUCUAAUAUAUCCGAUGUAAUCUCGAAUCUAAAGGCAGGAAUAGAAAGUGCGAAGAAAAGCAAAACCCAGCUCGAAUCCCUCAUUCCAGCAUUUGCAGAGAUCGCUCUUAUGUUUGAGGCGAUUGGAAAGGCUUGGGAGGGCAUGACGGAAGGCCUGUCAGACGUCAAAGACAAUUAUCUUGCUUGGUCGGACCCAAAUCUUUUCACCCCAGAGAUGUUGGCCAUGACGUUGGAAUCAUGGAACAAUGUCUCCACAGCUGCAGACUUAUACAUCAGCAUCAUCACAGGCGCCAAACUCGCCGACACAGAGUCAGCGCCUCCGCUCAAGACGAUGAUGAUGAGCAUGAUGGUGAACGGGCCGGCAGUAGCUAAAUAUGCAGAGCCAUUACCGGAUGUGAAGUCCAUGGCUGCUGUUGCCGAUGGAGCAAUGCAGGGCAUAGGUCGUACCAUGUGCCGCGAGAUAUUCAGUGCUCCAGCGGUUAGAGGCGCGUACCCCCGACGAUCGGAACUUGAUAUUAUCGUCAACGAAUACUCCAGGGCUGCUUCCAACCUCAGGGACGCCGGAUCAGGUGAUAUGGCUAUGCGAUGCGACGAUAUCGUGCAAACGAUCGCGGCAGAGUCGAUACCCUCACAGGCCGAUGCCCUGUACGCAUUGCGCAGAUUCGCCGAGCAGCAGCCUGAUAUUCCAUCCAUGCCGCUCGAAGAAGCCGCGUGGGAAAGGUUCUGCGAAAUAAGGAUCAACUCACUAGAAGAUGGAAGAUCGAAGGUUGAUCGAUGCUACAGCAGCAUUCACAGAGUGCAUAACAUGACCUCGAACCUGUACGAUAAUCUCGUAGCUCGGGUCGCUGAGCUCUAUAUCACGCUGGAGAAUAUCCAGCGACAGAUACAGGAAGCCGAGGAAGAAAAGCAGCGGAUGAUGUCGAAUCCCAUCGGUGCUUUGUACCAUGUUCUCAACGACCUGAUCAACCGCAUCAAGGGGCUGUACGUAGAGCGGGACGAGCGCUAUAAUGAGAGGGAGCGCAUACAGCGGUUUGCCUACGAGACGGAGAUGUGUCUACAGAGGGUGGGGAGUCUGGGCAGUUCUAUGGCGACGAUGAGCACGAUGUGGAGCAGUAUGCAGACGAGUAUGAUUUCGGCUUCGACGCUGUGGCCGCUUCUGCACACGCUGAGUAUGUCGGACUUGGAGAUUGACUUGUACAGACAGACUUGGGAGGCGGUGAGGAGUACGCUUGAAGGUUGAUUUAGAUUGUCUUGGCACGCCUCGUGGCAAUAAUUUUAGGGGGCGUCAUUAUGAUAUGGUACUAAACAAUCCAGUCUUGGACAUCUCGUACGCCCAGACAGCUUGAAGUGGUUCUAUAUGCCACUAUUCAUAG